AUGGAUGACCGCUGUUAUUCGUGCAUGCAGAGUGCAUCAAUCGACAGUGAUGCGUGCCGAUUGCCACCUGCCAACUGCCACCUGCCAACUGCCAACUGCCAACUGCCAACUACUGCCAACUUGCCACAGCUCGCAGCUGGCAACGUCGUCGUCCAGGGCGUGCACAUCUCCACCGCCGACAAGUUUACAGUGGACACUGACCAAAAACAACAGUUGUGUUCAGGUGCAUUCAGCGCUCGACGUUACCGCGCUGAGGAGCAAAGGGGCGUGCAAAAUGCCCCCGUUUGGCUUAGGUUGUCACCACCACACCACACACACCCUCUUCGCCUUCCGUCCUUCGACCUCGCCGAAUCGACCUCUUGUGGCGCCCUGCACCACAAGCCUCAACUUUCCACCUCUCCUCGCCAGUCUCCCAAGCGAUCCCUCCACGAUUUCUCUGCCAUAGCAAGGCUCGACGUCGUGUGCCCCUCCUACUGUCGAUACCAAGACACCAACAAGCCACUUUCAAGGAGGGCACCGCACCGCACCGCACCAAAACAAACCGACGACAUGCCUCACCUGGUCGCCAACUUCCUGCGGUCCUCGACCGGGAACAUUUCGCACAUCAAAAAUGUGGCCCGCUCACGCACCGCCUCCCGCAACGCCUCGUGCGAGUCGUCGCGGAACAACUCCGUUUCUGGCAGCCCCUACGAGUCCGACGUCGACGAGCACGCCGUCAAGGCCCACGAUUUCAUCGACGCCGUCAAGAAGCACCACAAGCUCUCGCUCCCCUUUGGUCGCUCCUCUAGCUCCCCCGUGCGCGAGCUGAACCCUGCUUCCUGUAGCGUCGCCGCCCUGGACUGGAGCAUCGAGAGCCCGCCCAUCAUCUUCCACGGCACCCCCGAGGACAGCACCGGCGCCAUUGUCUCGGGCCAGCUCUUCCUCGACAUCAAACAGGACGUGGUCGAAAUGGACAGCUUCAAAGCUCACCUCAGCAUCCACACCACGCACAAGCGCCCGUGCCAGAGCCACUGCGCCGAGUGCCAAAGCCAGGUCACUGAGUUGCAGGCAUGGGUCUUUCUCGACCACCCCACCAAGCUUCACCGUGGCAAGCACGCAUUUCCCUUUUCUGCGCUGCUCGGUGGCGAGCUGCCUGCCAGCUCCAACACCCCUCUCGUCUCCAUAUCCUACGAGUUCAAGGCCGUCGCACAGGUAUCGCGCCACGCCACAGGUACCUCGGCGCCCAUCCAGCUUAAGCUGGACCGCACGCUGCUGGUGAAGCGCGCCGUUCCUGAGCCGCUCUUCCCACACCACUCGGUACGCGUCUUCCCGCCGACCAACAUCAAGGCCAGCGCCGACUACGUGUCCGUCGUGCACCCGACCAGCACCAACACGCUGACGCUCAAGCUCGACGGGCUCAUGACGCACAACGAAAAGGUCAAGACAGUCGACCUGUGGAAGCUCAAGAAGGUUACAUGGAAGCUCGAGGAGACCAUCAAGACCAUUGCCCCCGCCUGCGACAAGCACGCGUCGUCGGCCACGGCCAUCGGCGACGCCCGCGGCACCGUCCGCAACGAGGUGCGCAUCAUUGGCGAGAAGCAGCUGCACGAGGGCUGGAAGUCGGACUAUGCAGGCCACGACGGCUCCGUCGACAUGGAGCUCGACUACAGCAUCAGCCAGGCUCGCAACAGCGCCGGCGAGCUCAGGUACGCCUGCGACACCAAGACGGCCGACGGCACCGAGGUCUCGCACUCGCUGCUGCUCGAGCUCAUCGUCUCCAAGGAGUAUGCGCCCGAGGGCAAGGCCCACCAAGCCACGCCGACCGGCACCGGCCGCAUCCUGCGCAUGCACUUUGCCGUCGUCCUCACCGAGCACUCGGGUCUCGGCGUCAGCUGGGACAAUGAGGCGCCGCCCAUCUACGAGGACGUGCCGCCCAGCCCGCCCGCCUACCCGCUCGAGUCGCCCAUUGACUAUCGAGACCUCGAGCCUCUGUAUGCACGUCCUUCGAGCGUUGACGUAUCGGCAUCUGAUGACGAGCUGCCGUCCCCGUCCUCAUAG